CGCGCCGCCGCGCCAUCCCCGCCCUUGGGCCCCUGAAGGCGCCGAGCGGCUGCGGCUGCCGCUGCCUACCUGCCGCCGGCCGGACGCGGCGAGCGCGGCCCCGAGGCCCCGGAUAACAUUAAAUUGGAUAAAAGGGGGCGAUAAUGCACCAUGGCAGUGGCUCUCAGAAUGUCCAGCAUCAGCUGCAGCGGCCCAGGGCCUGCACGGGCAGCGAAGGCGAGGAGCCGCCGCAGUCCCACUCCACUCUGCCCCAGUCCCCCGCCACGCCCUUCGCCCCGUCCGCCAGCCCGUCGGCGCCCCAGUCUCCCGGGUACCAGAUCCAGCAGUUGAUGAGCAGGAGCCCUGCGGCGGGGCCGAACGUGAGCAUCACGCUGCAGAACGUGGGCCCUGUGGUCGCAGGAAACCAGCAGAUCACGCUGGCCCCUCUGCCGUUGCCCAGCCCGGCCUCGCCAGGCUUUGCGUUCGGCGCUCAGCAGAGGCGCUUUGAGCACGGUUCACCGUCCUACAUACAGGUCACUUCUCCGCUAUCCCAGCAGGUCCAGACGCAGAGCCCCACGCAGCCCGGCCCCGGGCCGGGGCAGGCUCUGCAGAGCGUGCGGGCGGGCGCCUCUGGCCCCGGACUGGGCCUCUGCAGCACGAGUCCCACUGGGGGCUUCAUGGAUGCCAGCGUGCUUGUGCGGCAGAUCAGCUUGAGCCCGUCCAGCGGCGGGCACUUUGUGUUCCAGGAGGGGUCAGGGAUCGCCCAGAUCGCCCCGGGGGCGCAGGUUCAGCUGCAGCAUGCGGGAGCUCCCGUCCCGGCCAGGGAGCGGAGGCUCUCCCAGCCCCACACGCCGGUAGGAGGGACCGUCCACCACCUGGGGCCCCAGAGCCCCGCGGCCGGCGGCGGGAGCGUGCAGCCGCUGGCCAGCCCUGGCCACAUCACCACGGCAAGCUUGCCCCCUCAGAUCAGUAGCAUCAUCCAGGGACAGCUGAUCCAGCAGCAGCAAGUGCUUCAGGGACAGCCGCUGAGCAGGCCCCUGGGCUUUGACAGGGCCUCGGGCGUGCUCCUCCCAGGGGUCGGUGGCUCAGCGGCCUUCGGCCUGACCACCCCGCCCCCGCCCACGAGCCCUUCCAGGACCACGAUGCCCCCCGGGCUCUCCAGCCUCCCUCUGGCUUCUGCAGCCAGCCCAGGCGUGAAGAAGGCACCCAGGAAGUUGGAGGAGAUUCCACCGGCGACUCCAGAGAUGGCACAGAUGAGGAAGCAGUGCUUAGACUAUCAUUACAAAGAAAUGGAAGCGCUGAAGGAAGUCUUUAAAGAGUAUCUGAUUGAGCUGUUUUUCUUGCAACAUUUUCAAGGGAAUAUGAUGGAUUUCUUAGCGUUUAAGAAGAAACAUUAUGCCCCGUUACAAGCCUAUCUCCGGCAGAAUGAUUUGGACCUCGAGGAGGAGGAGGAGGAGGAGGAGGAGGAGGAAGAGAAAUCUGAGGUUAUCAAUGAUGAGGUAAAGGUUGUGACAGGAAAGGAUGGGCAGACUGGUACUCCCGUUGCUAUAGCAACCCAGCUUCCUCCAAAUGUUUCUGCUGCUUUUUCAUCCCAGCAGCAACCACUUCAGCAGCAAGCCCUGGCAGGGACGCUGGUGUCAGGGACUGGGAGCAGUAUAGAAGGGGACCCUCUUAAGAGACAGCAGCCGUUACCCCCGACAGAGCAGUCUAAGAGACCUCGACUUGAAGUGGGUCAUCAAGGGGUAGUUUUCCAGCACCCAGGGGUGAAUACGGGAGUCCCUCUUCAGCAGUUAAUGCCGACAGCACAAGGGGGAAUGCCUCCCACCCCUCAGGCCGUCCAGCUCCCUGGGCAGAGGCAGAGUCAGCAGCAGUACGACUCCUCCACGGGGCCCCCUGUGCAGAACGCUGCCAGCCUGCACACGCCGCCGCCACAGCUCCCCGGGAGGCCACCUCCCACCGGCGUCCCCGCUGCACCCCUCCCGCCUGCGCUGCAAUUUUCACCGCCACCGCAGAUGGUAGAGGCUCAGGCACAGCUCCAAAUUCCAGUGAAGAUGCAGCAAGCAAAUGUCCCUAUCCCUGUCCCUCUGUCCAGCCAGAUCCCUGCUCCUCCUCAGCCGGCACAGCCAGCGCUCCAUGCCCCGGUGCCUGGGAAGGCCCAGCUGCAGGUUUCUCAGCUUUCACCUCAGCCGCAGACGGUGGCCCUGACGAGACCGCCUGCAGACCCUGCCCAGCCCUGCCAGCGGGCUCUGCCCCCUUCCUCCACCACCUCGUCCGUGACACCCAUGAGUGGCUCAGGCCCAGGACCCUUGCCUGCACGGUCCUCUCCAGUGAACAGACCCUCAGCAGCAGCAAACAAGUCGCUGUCUCCGCUCACUUCCCGGUCCCCAGGGGCAGCUGGGCCGGCUCCCCCCAAGCCCCAGAGCCCGGCGCAGAACGCCACCUCGUCCCAAGACAGCACUCAGGACACACUGGCAGAGCAGAUAACGCUGGAAAAUCAAAUCCAUCAGCGAAUCGCAGAUUUAAGGAAAGAAGGUCUGUGGUCUGUGCGGCGGCUGCCGAAGCUGCAGGAGACUCCGCGACCGAAAUCCCACUGGGACUAUUUGCUGGAGGAGAUGCAGUGGAUGUCCACCGACUUCGCCCAGGAGAGAAGGUGGAAGGUGGCUGCCGCCAAGGAGCUUGUUAGAACUGUAGUGCGCCAUCACGAAGAAAAGAAGCUUCGUGAGGAAAGGGGAAAGAAAGAAGAACAAAACCGAUUAAGACGUAUUGCUGCCUCCACUGCUAGAGAAAUAGAGUAUUUUUGGUCAAAUAUUGAGCAGGUUGUGGAAAUAAAACUACAAGUAGAAUUAGAAGAAAAAAGGAAAAAAGCCUUAAAUUUACAGAAAGUUUGCAGGAGAGGAAAAGAGUUAAGACCUAAGGGACUGGAUGCUUUACCAGAAACCUUUCUGGAUUCGGGAAUACCUGGGAGAAGAAGAAGAGCUAGCACAUCUUUCACUGAUGACGAAGUGGAAGAUGAAGAGGAGACAAUUGAAGAGGAAGAAGCACAUGAAGGGAUUGUAGACCACCAAACAGAACUGUCUAAUUUAGCCAAAGAAGCUGAGUUGCCCCUAAUUGAUCUGAUGAAGUUGUAUGAAGGUGCCUUCCUGCCAAAUUUUCAGUGGCCACAACCGAAACCUGACGGUGAAGAGACAAGUGAAGAAGAAGGUUCUUUGGGGGCUUUCCAAAAUGGUCCUCAAUUUUCAUCAGAGUUUCUGCACAUUUGUCCAGAUAGCAUUGAUACAGAAGACUAUCUGAGUGCCAGGGAGAGUCGGAAGGAUGUGGUCCUCAUAGACUCUGUUUUCAUCAUGGAUCAGUUCAAGGCUGCAGAGAGGAUGAACAUGGGAAAACCAGACACAAAAGACAUUGCGGAAGUGACCGCGGUGGCUGAGGCUGUCUUGCCAAAGGGCAGUGCUCGGAUCACGACUGCGGUAAAGUUUAAUACUCCAUCUUUAUUGUAUGGAGCGCUCAGAGAUUAUCAGAAGAUUGGGCUAGACUGGCUGGCUAAACUCUACCGGAAGAAUCUCAAUGGCAUAUUGGCAGAUGAAGCUGGGCUUGGUAAAACAGUACAGAUUAUUGCGUUUUUUGCUCAUCUAGCAUGUAACGAAGGUAAUUGGGGCCCCCAUCUUGUUGUUGUGAGAAGCUGUAACAUCCUCAAGUGGGAACUCGAACUGAAGCGUUGGUGUCCUGGCCUAAAAACUCUGUUGUAUGUUGGCAGCCAUAGAGAACUCAAGGCAAAGAGACAGGUAUGGACCGAGCCCAACAGCUUCAACAUUUGCAUCACUUCCUACAAGCAGUUCUUCAAGGGCUUGCGACCCUUCUCCCGAGUGGGGUGGAAGUGCCUGGUGCUGGACGAGAUGCAGCGCGUGCGGAGCAUGACCGAGAGGCACUGGGACGCCGUCUUCACCCUGCCGAGCCAGCAGCGUUUGCUUCUCAUCGACGCCCCUUUGCAUAACACCUUCCUGGAACUGUGGACCAUGGUGCACUUUCUUAUCCCCGGAAUUUCCAGACCAUAUCUGCACUUUCCUCUGAAGGCCCCUACUGAUGAAAAUCAGGAUUACUACCACAAGGUGGUCAUUCGGCUGCACAGGGUGACACAGCCAUUUAUUUUGAGGAGAACAAAAAGAGAUGUGGAAAAGCAACUGACAAAAAAAUAUGAACAUGUUUUGAAGUGUCGCCUUUCUAACCGGCAGAAAGCCUUGUACGAGGAUGUUAUUCUACAGCCUGGAACUCAAGAAGCUCUGAAGAGUGGGCACUUCGUCAACGUCCUGAACAUUCUAGUGAAGCUCCAGCGGAUCUGCAAUCACCCUGGACUGAUUGAGCCCAGGCUCCCAGACUCUUCGUACAUUGCAGAAUCUCUGCACUAUCGGUCAGCUUCUCUGAUUCUCAAGGCAAUGGAGAGAGAUUUUUGGAAGGAAACAGAUCUUUCUGUGUUUGAUCUUAUUGGGUUAGAAAAUAAAAUCACUCGCUAUGAGGCCGAAUUGCUGUCAAAGAAAAAGGUAACACGAAAACUUAUUGAAGAAAUCUUCACCUCGCCCCCGCCGUCAGCCAGACCCGUUGCAGUGAAGCUUAAGCCAAGCAGGCUGUUUCAGCCCGUGCAGUAUGGCCAGAAGCCCGAGGGUCGCACCAUGGCUUUCCCCAGUGUCCACCCGCCCCGGACGGCCACCCCCGCCACAGCAAGCAUCACACCCCCGGGACCAGCGCGAGGACGGCCCGCGGUUGCCACAUUCUCUGCCAACGCGGAUGCGAAAGCGGCCGCCGCGCAGCCUCCGCCGCCCCCGGCCUCCGGCGCUCCGAGACUCCAGCCGGCCCUGGCCCCGGCCCCCGGCGCCGCAGCGAGGGGCCCGCCCCCGCCCCCGCCCCCGCCCCCGCACAGCGCCCCGCAGAGCGCGCCGCCCCCGCGGCUGGUGCUCACCUCCCAGGCCCAGGCCCGGCUGCCCAGUGGAGAGGUAGUAAAAAUCGCUCAGUUGGCUUCCAUAGCAGGGACGCAAAACCGAGUUGCUCAGCCAGAGACGCCUGUGACGCUGCAGUUCCAGGGAAACAAGUUCACCUUGUCACAUAAUCAGCUGCGACAGCUCACGGCAGGCCACCCUCUGCAGCUCCAAGGCAGUGUCCUUCAGAUCGUGUCCGCCCCCGGGCAGCCGUACCUGCGACCGCCAGGCCCCGUGGUGAUGCAGACUGUGUCCCAGGCGGGGGCCGUGCACGGCACUCUGAGCACCCUGGGAAGCAAGCCCCCGGCCGGCGCCCCAAGCCCUGCACCCGUGACCCCACCAGUUGGGGUUCCAGGCCGCGUGGCGGUUCACACCAUGGCUGCAGGAGACCCCGGCUCUGCCUCCAAGCCAGCCUCCCCCAUGGGAGGGCCGAGCCAGGAGGAGAAGGACAGACUUUUGAAGGAGCGGUUGGAUCAGAUCUAUGUUGUCAACGAGCGGCGCUGUUCCCGAGUUCCAGUCUAUGGCAGAGAUUUGUUGGGGUUUUUUUCCCUGGUUGGUGGAGAAGGCAGAGCUCGGCCCAGGUCUUUCCACAGCAGUGAUGGGAAGGGGGCUGGGUCAGCGGACUGUUACGCUUCACCCUCCAGAAGCAAGAGUGGUCUGAUUCUGACACUGUCUCUGUGUAAGGAAUCCCUCCAGGAUGUCAUUGACAGGGUGGCAUGUGUGAUCCCAGCUGUGGUGGCAGCACCUCCAUCCUUGUGGGUGGCCAGGCCACCCGCCUUGUACAGCCACAGGAUGCAGCUGUUCCGGCACAGCCUGAGGGAGCACACGGCUCCCUAUUUCCAGCAGCUGCAGCGGAUGACAGCGCUGCGCUCGCUGCAGUUCCCUGAGCUGAGACUGGUGCAGUUCGACUCAGGAAAGCUAGAAGCUUUAGCUAUCUUACUUCAGAAGUUGAAAUCUGAAGGACGUCGGGUACUGAUUUUAUCACAGAUGAUUCUUAUGUUAGACAUUUUAGAAAUGUUCUUGAACUUUCAUUAUCUCACCUACAUAAGAAUUGAUGAAAAUGCCAACAGUGAACAGCGGCAGGAACUGAUGAAGAGUUUCAACAGGGACAGGCGGGUGUUCUGUGCCCUCCUGUCCACGCACAGCCGCUGUGCGGGGGUGAGCCUCGUGGAGGCCGACACAGUGGUGUUCUACGACAGCGAUCUCAACCCGGUGGCGGACGCCCAGGCCCAGGAGUGGUGCGACAGGAUUGGGAGGAGCCGGGACGUCCACGUGUACAGGCUUGUGAGUGGCAGCUCCAUUGAAGAGAAAUUGUUGAAGAAUGGCACCAAAGACUUGAUCCGAGAGGUGGCCGCCCAAGGGAAUGACUACUCCAUGGCCUUCCUGACGCAGCGAACCAUCCAGGAGCUGUUCGAGGUGUGUUCUCCCACGGAUGAUGCUGGCUUCCCCGUGAAAGCAGAGGAGUUUGUCGUCCUUUCUCAGGAACCUUCUGCCACAGAAACGAUUGCGCCUAAAAUUGCGCGUCCUUUCAUAGAGGCGCUCAGGAGUAUCGAAUGUCUGGAGGAAGACGCACAGGCCUGCCCGGCGCAGCCGGCACCCGGGCUGGGAGUGGGUGUCGCUCCGUGGGCUGCGGACAGGCCACAGCCUCGGGAAGAGCCCUCCCGGUGGGAGGAGCUGGCCGGCUUCAUGCAGCAGCUUACACCAAUUGAAAAAUAUGCUUUGAAUUACCUGGAAUUAUUCCAUACUUCCAUUGAGCAAGAAAAAGAGAGGAACAGUGAGGGCGGGGCCACGGCCGCAGUGAGGGAGUGGGAGUCCCGGAACGCCAGGACCCUCCGGGACAGGGAGGCCCGCGCGCCGCCGGAGGACGAGGGGCUCCUCACCUACACCAGGGACGACGCCUACUGCAUGGAAUAUGUCUAUGAAGAUGCAGAUGGACAAACAGAAAUUAUGCCACUGUGGACCCCACCCACUCCCCCCCAGGAUGACAAUGACAUCUAUAUCGACUCAGUCAUGUGUCUCAUGUACGAGAGCACGCCCAUUCCCGAGUCCAAGCUGCCUCCCGUGUAUGUGAGGAAGGAGCGGAAACGACACAAGACAGACCCCUCAGCUGCAGGUCGCAAGAAGAAGCAGCGCCAUGGGGAGGCCGUCGUCCCCCCGCGGUCCCUGUUUGACCGAGCGACCCCAGGCCUGCUGAAGGUGCGCAGGGAAGGGAAGGAGCAGAAGAAGAAUAUUCUGCUGAAGCAGCAAACUCAGUUUGCCAAACCUUUGCCAACUUUUGCCAAACCAGCAGCCGAGUCUGGUCAGGAUAACCCUGAGUGGCUCAUCAGUGAAGACUGGACACUCCUGCAGGCCGUCAAACAGUUACUUGAGCUUCCUCUGAACCUCACGAUUGUGUCACCUGCUCAUACGCCUAAUUGGGACCUCGUCAGUGAUGUCGUUAACUCCUGCAGCCGAAUUUACCGCUCUUCCAAACAGUGCCGGAACCGCUACGAGAACGUCAUCAUUCCUAGGGAAGAGGGAAAGAGUAAGAACAGCCGUCCUCUCCGCACCGGCCAGAUCUACGCCCAGGACGAGAGCGCCACGCACACCCAGCUGUUCACCAGCCACUUCGAACUCAUGAAGAUGACUGCGGGCAAGAGGAGCCCCCCAAUAAAACCUCUGCUUGGCAUGAAUCCCUUUCAGAAAAACCCCAAGCAUGCCUCCGUGUUGGCAGAAAGUGGAAUCAACUACGACAAGCCCCUGCCUCCUAUUCAGGUUGCAUCUCUUCGUGCAGAACGAAUCGCGAAGGAGAAAAAGGCUCUGGCUGACCAGCAGAAGGCCCAGCAGCCCACCGUGGCAGCGCCUCCCCAGCAGCAGCAGCAGCAGCAGCCACCGCAGCAGCAGCCACCGCCGCCACCACCGCCGCUGCCGCAGCCCCAGCCGGCAGCCAGCCAGCAGCCAGCAGGACAGCCGGCCCUAGCCCCGCAGACCCAGGCCCAGCCCCAGCCCCAGGCCCAGGCCCAGGCCCAGCCCCAGGCCCAGGCCGCACAGCCCCAGCCGAAGGUGCAGCCUGCGAUAACCACGGUGGGCAGCGCAGCCGUGCUGGCAGGAGCCAUUAAAACCUCGGUCACUGGGACAAGCCUUCCGACGGGCUCUGUGGGCGGCAACGUCAUCGUGAACACUAUAGCAGGUGUCCCUGCUGCCACCUUCCAGUCCAUCAACAAGCGUCUGGCCGCGCCAGUGGCGCCUGGGGCUUUAACCACAUCCGGAGGUUCUGCUCCUGCUCAGGUGGUUCACACCCAGCCUCGCGCAGUUGGUUCCCCAGCCGCCGCCGCGCCCGACCUGGUGUCCAUGGCAACGACUCAGGGUGUUCGCGCGGCCACUUCUGUGACAGCCUCAGCAGUGGUCACCACCAGCCUGACACCAGUGCAGGCCCCGACACGGUCUUUGGUGACGCAGGUGUCUCAAGCCACGGGGGUCCAGCUUCCUGGGAAGACACUCACACCUGCUCAUUUCCAGCUUCUCAGGCAGCAGCAGCAGCAGCAGCAGCAGCAAAGCUCUCAGGUGCAGGGUCCGCAGAUCCAGGGCCAGGCCCAGCCCCCGGCACAGAUCAAGGCCGUUGGGAAGCUUACCCCGGAACACCUUAUCAAAAUGCAGAAGCAGAAACUGCAGCUGCCUCAGCAAGCCCCGCCGCCGCAGGCUCAGCCGGGACCCCCGCCGCCGACCCCCCAAGUUCAGGUGCAGCCCCCCCAGCCCCCGCAGCAGCAGAGCCCCCAGCUCACCACGGUCACAGCCCCCAGGCCUGGAGCCCUGCUCACUGGCACCACUGUCGCCAACCUCCAGGUGGCCCGGCUCACCCGGGUCCCCACCUCCCAGCUGCAAGCUCCAGGGCAGAUGCAGGCCCAGACGCCACAAGCUGCCCAGGUGGCCCUGGCGAAGCCACCCGUGGUGUCCGUCCCCGCGGCCGUGGUCUCCUCUCCUGGGGUCACAACCCUGCCCAUGAAUGUCGCCGGCAUCAGCGUUGCUAUCGGGCAGCCGCAGAAGGCCACAGGACAGACCGUGGUGGCCCAGCCCGUGCACGUCCAGCAGCUGCUGAAGCUCAAACAGCAAGCCGUCCAGCAGCAGAAAGCCAUCCAGCCCCAGGCCGCCCAGGGCCAGGCAGCCGUCCAGCCAAAGAUAACUGCACAGCAGCUGGCUGCUCAAGGCCAGCAGCAGAAGGUCACCUAUGCCACGCAGCCAGCCCUUAAAACCCAGUUCCUCACCACACCCAUUUCCCAGGCCCAGAAGCUGGCGGGGACACAACAGGUGCAGACCCAGAUACAAGUUGCAAAACUCCCUCAAGUUGUCCAACAGCAAACAGCUGUGGCCGGCGUCCCACAGGUGGUCUCCGCCUCCCAGCAGGCUUCUCCCCAGACAGUGACGCUUACUCAGGCGACCCCAGCAGGCCAGCAGGUUCAGGUGAUCCCCGCUGUCACAGCCACCGCCCAGGUGGUCCAGCAGAAGCUCAUCCAGCAGCAGGUGGUGACAACAGCCUCCGCCCAGCUCCAGGCACCCAGCAUCCCUAACCCAGCCCAGGUGCCAGCCAGCUCCGACAGCCCGAAUCAGCAGCCGAAAUUACAAAUGCGAGUACCUGCCGUCAGGUUGAAGACACCCACCAAGCCUCCUUGCCAGUAGCCACCCGGGCUUGGGCGCCCCAGCAGAGGCACUUCCUCCACUGAUCACAGUCUAGAGGCAGAAGUCUACCUUCUGCACAGAAAAAAAUUUAUCUAUUUUUGCAUCUUGGGACAAUGUCAUAUAAGAUAUUCAGCAUUUGGGAAGCUAUAUUUGAGACAAAGUCAUGUAAUAAUUUCAUCAGUGUGCAUCCUACACUGCAGGAGGAAGUCAUCUUUAUUAAAUGCUGGUUUUCUGUAUUACAGGUGACCAAUGGGAAAAGUCACAGUGGCAAGUUUUUUUAAAUCCUUCUAACUUAUAGUUUUUCCUUCAGAGUCAUAGUCCUGGGUUUUGAAAGCCACUUAGAAUUUCUCUGUUAAUUUGUAGUAUUUUGCAUAUUGGAGUAGCUACAUUUGAAUGUACAGUGGGUCACCAAUUGGGCUUUCGAAAGGGAAACCUUGAUCUUUGAUAGUAGCUGCCGCAGCUCAGCCUUGACACCUGGCUCAGAAGAGGAGCCGUGAUCCUUGCAGAAGCGAGUUGUCUGAGACUGGGCUUCAUUCCUAGAAGACAGUGGGUUCUUCAUCCUCACCUGAAAUGGGAUUUGUUUGCAUUUUUAAGGGCAUACUUGGGACUCAUACCCAUCUAGGCACAUUCAUGACAUAGUCCCAGCUUGAAUUUUCAUUCCAAAGAGUAGCCAGUGUGACUGAGUUCUCUCUCCCCCCACCUCUGUGCGAUUUGUGCUCACUUAAAGGAAGCACUUAGGGUAGAUACCCACCUACGCACAUUCCCAAGUAUUUUGGAUACCUUUUGGAUAACACUCUUAUUUGGUGAACGCGCAUGUCCUGGACUGGUUUAGCCCGAGACUGUCAGGCAAGGGUUACACUGCAAAUGUCACUCUGCUCAAUGAAAGAUAAAAGUGAGGUGGUUUUCCUGAGAGAAGAGGUGGCUAUCUUAGGCUCAGGCUUGUCUGGAGACUUAAAAUCUCUUUGUGUAAGGUGUUUUAUUUAUGAAUCUAGAAGUAUUAACCACAGAAAUGGGCCUAAAAAACUCUUAAUCGUAGACUUGUAACAAAAUUUAACACAUUUAUAAACAAACAAAAAUUCUGGUAUUUUAGAGCAAGUGACCUAGGUUAUCAUCAGAUUUUAUUUUGCCAGAAUCUUACAUGUGAACAAACACGCACACUCCUGGUUCUGCUGGUAAAAUGGAGAGCUGUUUGUGGAAAGUGGAGGGGAAAAGGAAGCCCAAUAUCUGCUAUUGUUUCAUUGUCUGCUGCAGCAAGAUAACAAAUGCAGUUUUAAGUGGUCUUGAUUGGCUGAAGAUGCCUUCUGGCCUUGAAGUUUUCUCAAGAGCAGUAAGUUACACGUGCAAGAAUACCUUCUCUGCUGUGGCUGUAUUUUUGAGUAUUUCACAUUAUUUGGUCCAAGAAAUUAGGCUGUGUUAGGUUUUGGUGUACUAAGAAUCAGUUGUGGCGUACUGAAGGGUUUUGAAUUUUUAUAACAAUGUUGUUUCCUUCCUGUUUCUCCCCUUGGUGCCGCUCAGGGAGCGCCCCGGCCUCCUGCUUGUCACUCCCCGGCAGGUGCAGGCAGGUGUGGGCAGUUGUGUGGCGACAUCAGCAAAACCAGCUGGGGAAACCAUUUUUUGAGUUCUUGAUGAGAAAUUUGGAAAGAAGUAGAAACCGGGUAAUGAAAAAUGGAAGGGAUUUAACAUUUUAGUGUAUUGGAAAUACUAAAACGGAGUAUUGUGCUAUCUUUUCUUACACCCAGGUGAGCUCGUCCUGGCUCGCGGGGCACGGUGCGGGAGCAGCCCCACAGGGGGCUGUGCGCUCUUGGGAGCUGGUCCCGGGGGGCAUUUCUACGCUUUUCCUUCUUCAGAUUUAGUGCAGAACUGAAAUGCACAGGCACUUUCUUUUUUCAGCUUAUUUGAAUUUUCACACCCUGUUCAUUUUUCUUUCACUCUUCAUGGAGUGCUGAUAGUCUCUUUGUAAAUGAUAAAAUUUUGAAUGCAAUUAGUUUAAAAUAGUCUAGACAAAACUCCUUAAAUAAAAGUCCUCUAUUAAUCUAGGACGCUAGAAGAGCAUUUAGAAACAUCUCUCAGAGCUGCUCAUGGGGAGCCGAACUGUGGUUGUGGAUAGACAGCGAGGGAGUUCCCGCCACCGUCUUACGAGCCCGAGCCUGAGGGUCUGGACCGUCUUGAAACCCAUUUGCUUCACGAUUCCCUAAUGGAAAAUAUGGGACAGGAAGUGUUUUCAUUUAUGUCACUUGACUUAGUAACAUCUAGAUGUGACCACUGACCUCAGUAGCAUCCCAGAUAGUCAUGUGAGUAAAAGAUUCUCCUAGCAUACUGUUUUUCAGAUUUACAUUUUAAAGGUUAAAAUUUCCAUGUUUAAGAAGUAUGAGUUUAGGAAGCUAGGCUUCUUGGAUCAUUACUCUUAACAAAAUAAUGCAUUACCUUGCUAAUCAGGAUUCAUACUAAUAAAUUAGGUAAUGACUACAAGAAACAUUCAAAGCAUAAAAUGUCAACCCAGCGGCAGAGCAAGGUCGAGUCUACUUGUCCUCUGUGGAAGAUAGUCACCCGGUGUUUUGAUGACAGAGACCCUGAUGUGGAUGAAGGGCAGACUGUCUUCCUCGUCCACUGGGGAGCAGGGGACUCCAGGCAUUCGCUCAGGUUUGGUGCCUGCUGAGGCAGAGGUUUUCCUUUUUGUAGUCUUUAUUAUUAUGAUUGUGAACUAUUGUAACUACAUAGCUGUGUCAGAAAUAUAAAGGAGGAACAGACUCCAGUUGUAAAUACUUUGUAAACAUGAGCAUUUGUACUUGAGAAGAGGAUUUUCAAGGGCGCUGACAUCCUACCAAAAAAAAGGGUAUAAUAAAAUGACCUUUUUAUAUA